AUGGUUUUACUACGACAGGGCAUACAGCAUGUUCGAAAUUACUAUAACUCAGAAGCUCAAAUGAUAAGAAGUAGCUUUUCUCGGCCAUUCAUCUCACAGACAUACAAACAAGGUUUCUCAAAGCCAAGAUCAAAGGCCGAGGUCAAAUUACUGGCUGCUAAGAAACAUAGUGAAGCAGAAAAGAGACGUAGAAUGCGAAUCAAUGGUCAAUAUGAAACCCUCCGCAACGUCCUCCCUAACUUGAUCAAAAAGGACAAGGCAACAGUGUUAGCAGAGACUAUCAAGCAAGUGAAGGAGCUGAAGAAAAAAGUAUCAAAACUGGAAGAAGAUAGUCAUGGUAACCCAAAGGAAGUUAAGUUUCCAAGUGGGGCAGACAGGUUGAAUUUGGAAAAAUGUUAUGAUUCACAGGGCCUAGUGAAGGCCACAUUGAGUUGUGAGGAUAGGCCAGGAUUGAUGUCAGCUAUAACAAGGGCUCUGGGGUCAGUGAAAGCCAAAGUGGUAAAGGUUGAGAUGGUGACUGUGGGUGGAAGAACAAGAAGUGUGUUGUGGGUUCAAGGUCAUGGAAAUGAAGGCCUAGGAAUGCUCAAGAGUACUUUGAAGGUUGCCAUGCACAAACCAGCUUUUAAGAUGCGGCGGUUUACUCAAUAA